GAGAUAAAGAGAGGGAUUGUGUGUCAUAUAAGAGUGUGUGGGGUUACUGUUUUGGUUGAUCGGAAAAUUUCGCAGCGGCACACACGGAAAGGGAGCAACUUUGCUUUUCCAAAAGAGUUCAGAGACAGAAAGCCAAAGGAAUUUUUUCGCUUUUCUCACGAUACACCAAUGGGCAGUGAGAGCAAGGAUAAGAUUGGCGAGAGUGGCAGAGGGCAGGGGAUGCCGCCGGUGGUGAAGAAGGUUGUGCAGAGUUUGAAGGAGAUCGUUAACUGCCCGGGCUGUACGGACCAAGAGAUCUAUGCCGUGCUUGAAGAAUGUGAGAUGGACCCGAACCGUGCCGUUGAACGGCUCCUUGCCCAAGAUACUUUUCACGAGGUGAAAAGCAAACGUGAAAGAAGAAAAGAGAUGAAGGAGGCAACAGACUCAAGGCCGAGGCGUUAUCAUGUUGAUUUGAGUCGUGGAGGCAAAAUUAAUAGUGAACAUAAUGUGCACAGUGGAUCAACACAUGGAAUUUCUAGCGAACUUGGUAAAGCCGCAGAGAAGGGGGAGGUUGGGUCAGUUUGUCCAUCAGUUACAUCUUCCAUGACUUCUGUCAUAGGGAAAGAUAUGGCUAGUGAUUCCUUCCGUACGGAUAACAGACAACAGUCAUUAGGGUCAGCCGGAGUUUCUUCAAGACUUCAACCCAAUUUGCUAGGAGCGAGCAAAGGACAUCUUUCAAUGGCGGACAUUGUCAGAAUGGGUAAGCCUUCACAAGAUGCCAUUUCGCACCAUUCUAAAUCUCUGGGUGUUUCUGCAUUGACAAAGCCGGAGUCAAGCCUAAGUUCACACUAUUACAAUCAAACCCACCAACAAGAUUUUAAUCAUGAAUGGCCUGUAAUUGAGCAGCCAGUGGUUGGCAAUGAGUUACAUGCUUCAAAGUUGCCAGCUUUAUCAAAUGCUAAUGUGCCGUCUGACCAUUUUAACCCACAAAGCGAUAAAGAUAGUUUGUUCAGGAGCUGUGUACCUGAUGAAGCCCAAGUUCCUCUUCAGGAUAUUGCCAGUGAUAAUGUUGAUUCUGACAAUAUCGAAUCUGGUUUCCUACCUAGCAGACAUCCUACUAUGAACAAUACUGGACUAGCAUCUCACUCAAACUAUAACUUAAGGAGCACGAGUUCCACUAAUUCCCAUAGUUCUUCUGAUCAUCAAAAAGAUGUUUCAUUAGCGGCUUCAGAUAUCCAGCGAUUGAGCUUGCGGGACUCCAAAACGGAAGUACUGUCAAUGGAAGAUAACUCUGCAUUAGUUCUUCCAAGUCAUGUACAAGGCUUGACUGAUAAAUGCUCACAUUUGAGUUUUGGAAGAUUUAACAGUGGAAGUAAUUCGACAUCUUCUGCAACGCUUGCAUCCCAUGCUUUGAAUAGUGGCUCAGGAGAGAAGGCUGCAGCUGUAGAUGGUGGUUCAUUGGCUCAGAACUUGGAUGCCAGCAAUUCUUUAUACCACGUUGAUAAACUACUUGGGCGUGAUGUUUUUAAAGAAGCAGCGAUUGAUAAAAAGUAUGACUUCCUUUCAUCUUUUCAGCAAGAGCUUGUGAAGCAUACAUCUCUGGAAGCGACCAUUAAUCGUGAAUACACCACCAUGUCAUCCGUUGCUGAUCCUAGUUUCCAAAAAUCCCAAUGGAUGUCUAAUCCACUACCUUUUAAGAGGCCAGGCCUGCAGAAUGGAAAUAUGUCUACAUUUUCUAGAGAAAUGGUCAUGGAACCUCGAUUUUCUCUGCCUCAGAGGUCUGCACUUCUCGAGGAUCUCAGAGUGCAGUCCUUCCAACAGCUGGAAUCCGAUGAUAAAAGAGGAUAUCAUCAACAAACCCAGAACCAACAAUAUUUGCCACCGGUUAUGCAGCAAGCAUUUUUAGAUAGUUCUGCAUACGGUCAUUCUCUAGCGGACAUGCAGUACAGCCAUCCACAAAAUAGAAAGGAAUUUAUUCCAAGUGGAUUGACCCCUGCUAGAGGCAGAGAUGCAUUUGGUUUUGGAAAUCCUGGCUCUUAUAAUCCUGGAAGCUUUCUGCCUAAUUCAUCUAUUGGCUCCAUGAUGCCUUCAAGUAACUUUGAUGAUAUUCUACCAUCUCAAUAUGCCAGUGGACGUAAUGGAAGCUUGGUUCAACAGCAUGGUGGCUUUUCUACAUGGGAUUACGGGCAGGAACUGAGAUCAGCGUCUCUUCCAGAGAGCAUGCGCCUUAGCUCCCUGGGACAACCACGCCAAGCUCUACCUCAGGUUAUGACCCCAGGAUAUUCUGAUAUCUAUCACUCCGGGACAGGGAUUGGAGCACAACUUCAGCGCCAGGUUGGUUAUCAAGAUUUCUCAUCCAAGCAAUCACGUCAAUUUGGCAAUACAGCCACCAGCAGCUUACAUUCUAGUCAUACUAUGCCCCCUUUUUUUCACUAGGGAGUACAUUGGCAGGUUUAAUAGGUGAUUAGUGUUUUUAACCCCUUCAAAUGCUUGAUUGUUAAUUCAGUUGUACAUACUCUAAAGGGAGUCUAGCACGUCUACUGUGAUUUUGCCUCCUUUUUGUAUUAUGUGGCAUGAGUUUUUUUCUAGAUCAGGCUUUUCUAGCUGGAAAUAUUUUAACUGAAGCAAGAGAAAUAUGAUUUUUGUGCUAAUUAGAGUUCUUGUUUUUU